AAAAAAAGUGAAUUAGAUUGGGAGGAGAGUGCUCCCAUUAUCCGCACCAUAUCUCUCCACGUCAUCCUUAUAUCUUCCUUUGAAGAGCCUCUGUUCUAACAACAACGCCAACAAUCAAUGGCUUCCUUAACUAUGCUGUCUUUCAAUUUGAAGUUUUUCCCUUUACAAUCUUCUUCAUUAACUCGCCUCUCUUCCGGGUCACCUCGUCUUUCACCUUUCAAUAAGCUCAACACUAACUCAUUGUCACUUAGUUCACGCCGCAACAUUUCUGGGUCUCACUCGUUUUUGACUCAGCAACCAUGUUCUGUCUCUUCGCUCACUCACAGGCUUCAAUCUCUCACUGUUUUUGCUGCUAAAGGUUACAAAAUGAAGACCCAUAAGGCAUCGGCAAAGAGAUUCAGGGUGACAGGUAAAGGGAAGAUAGUGAGGAGGAGAGCUGGGAAGCAGCAUUUACUGGCCAAGAAAAAUACCAAGAGGAAAUUAAGACUUUCCAAAAUGAUCGGAGUUGACCGCAGUGACUACGACAAUGUGAUUAAAGCUUUGCCAUAUCUUAAAGUCAACCGAAAUGCAAAGUAAAGAUGAUUUCCAUGCUCACAAGUUCAAUUUUUUGAUUGAUUUUUAAAUGCGGAGAAAAAAAAUCUUGAAAUGUAGAAUCCUUUAAAGUUCCUUUAAUUUCUGUAUUUUUUUUCCAUGUAACGGAUCAGAUCCUAGUUCUCCAUUUGUGAAUUGCAAUCUCUUUAACUACAAUUUGCUGGAUCUUACUGCUAUGAUUCGGAGUUUA